UCAGCGACUAAUGACAGAUUAAACUCCAAAAAAAUUGAGAAGCAAAUCACACUAAGAACUAUAAGAAAAUUCUUUCCUCUCAUCAAAUUUGAAGAAAAAAGCCAGAUCACUUCAAAAUUCUCUUUCUCAAUUCUCAAAAUCAUUCCCCAUGGCGGACUCUUCGGGGAUGACGUUGAUGGAUCUGAUAUCGUCAGACCCUUCAUCAGCAAAGUCCUCUUCGUCCUCAUCGACGGCGGCUCCGCCUCCUGAGUCGCCGACGAAUGCUUCAGUGGGUGCUCCCGUGCCGGUGGUGGUUGACAGGAAGUCGAAGAGGGGGACUCUUAUGCAGAUCCAGAGCGACACUAUCUCUGCUGCCAAGGCGGCUUUCAACCCAGUCCGGACCAACAUCAUGCCCCAAAAGCAAAAGAAAAAGCCGGUGUCUUAUGCCCAACUUGCGAGGAGUAUUCACGAGCUAGCGGCCACUUCGGAUCAGAAAAGUUCCCAAAGGCAAUUGGUGCAUCAUGUAUUUCCAAAGCUUGCUGUUUAUAAUUCUGUUGACCCAUCCUUGGCUCCAUCACUUCUCAUGCUUGACCAGCAGUGUGAGGAUAGGACUGUACUACGUUAUGUUUAUUAUUACUUAGCCAGAAUUCUAUCCGACACUGGUUCACAAGGUUUAAGCCCGGGAGGUGGGAUACCUACUCCUAAUUGGGAUGCUUUGGCAGAUAUCGAUGCUGUAGGAGGGGUGACCAGAGCUGAUGUUGUUCCUAGAAUUGUAGAGCGGUUAACUUCAGAGGCUUUAAAUGAAGAAGUUGAAUUUCAUGCGCGGAGACUACAAGCAUUAAAGGCUCUCACUUAUGCACCUUCUAGCACCUCAGAAAUUCUGCCCAGGUUGUAUGAAAUUGUGUUCAGCAUUCUGGAGAAGGUUGGUGAACCGCAGAAACGAAAGAAAGGUAUAUUUGGGACAAAGGGGGGUGAUAAAGAGUCUAUCAUUCGGGGGAAUUUGCAAUAUGCUGCCAUAAGUGCUUUAAGAAGACUCCCUUUGGAUCCAGGAAAUUCAGCAUUUCUCCAUCGUGCUACACAAGGUGUUUUGUUUUCUGAUCCAGUGGCUGUGAGACAUUCUUUGGAAAUUCUUUCAGAAUUAGCAAUGAAGGAUCCCUAUGCAGUUGCAAUGGCAUUAGGAAGGCAUGUGCAAUCUGAUGGGGCUCUGCAGGAUGUUCUCCACUUGCAUGAUGUUCUUGCUAGGGUUGCACUAGCCAGGCUGUGCCAUACAGUAGCUAGAGCUCGAGCAUUAGAUGAUCGGCCAGACAUCAAAUCUCAGUUCAAUUCUGUUCUCUAUCAGCUACUCUUGGAUCCCAGUGAAAGAGUUUGUUUUGAGGCUAUUUUUUGUGUAUUGGGUAAAUUUGAUAAUUCAGAGAGGACCGAGGAAAGAGCUGCUGGAUGGUAUCGUCUAACUAGAGAAAUUCUUAAGCUUCCAGAGGCUCCUUCUGUGAAGGACUCAAAUCCUGAGUCAAAAAAAGACAAAUCUUCAAAGACAAGGCGCCCACAACCGCUAAUCAAACUUGUCAUGCGGAGGUUGGAAAGUUCUUUUCGUAGUUUCUCGCGGCCUGUACUGCAUGCAGCGGCAAGGGUUGUACAGGAGAUGGGUAAAAGCCGUGCUGCUGCUUUUUCUUUGGGUUUACAGGAUAUUGAUGAGGGUGCUUAUGUAAAUACAUACUCUGAAGAUUCAUAUGAUCCAGAUAUAAACCCGACUGCACAAUCUGAAGGUAUUCGUAGAGUUCCCUCAAUAUCUAAUGGAAUGGGUAGCAAGGACACAAUUGCAAGUUUGUUGGCUUCCUUAAUGGAGGUGGUGCGAACAACUGUUGCGUGUGAAUGUGUUUAUGUGCGUGCAAUGGUGAUAAAAGCAUUGAUAUGGAUGCAAAGUCCACAUGAAUCUUUUGAUGAGCUGGAAUCGAUCAUCGCAUCUGAGUUAUCGGAUCCAGCUUGGCCAGCAACUUUAUUGAAUGAUGUAUUGCUUACAUUGCAUGCUCGGUUUAAGGCUACUCCAGAUAUGGCAGUCACCCUUCUCGAAAUUGCUAGAAUUUUUGCGACUAAAGUUCCUGGGAAGAUCGAUGCUGACGUACUUCAGCUUCUGUGGAAAACUUGUCUGGUUGGAGCUGGUCCUGACGGAAAACACACAGCUCUGGAAGCUGUCACCAUUGUUCUUGAUUUACCACCUCCCCAACCUGGUUCCACCUCUGCGCUUACCUCAAUUGAUAGGGUGUCUGCAUCUGAUCCAAAGUCAGCUCUCGCAUUACAGAGAUUAGUUCAAGCAGCAGUUUGGUUCCUUGGAGAAAAUGCAAAUUAUGCUGCUUCUGAGUAUGCCUGGGAGUCGGCAACCCCACCUGGUACAGCAUUGAUGAUGUUAGAUGCCGAUAAAAUGGUAGCUGCUGCCAGCUCUCGGAAUCCUACACUUGCUGGUGCUCUGACUCGGCUCCAGAGGUGUGCUUUCAGUGGCAGCUGGGAGGUUCGCAUCAUUGCUGCUCAAGCUCUUACUACGAUUGCAGUUAGAUCUGGAGAGCCUUAUAGGCUACAGAUCUAUGAAUUUUUGCAUGCUUUAGCACAAGGUGGUGUCCAAUCUCAGUUUUCUGAUAUGCAUGUCAGUAAUGGAGAAGAUCAGGGAGCAAGUGGUACAGGCCUCGGAUCCUUAAUCAGUCCUAUGUUGAAGGUCCUAGAUGAAAUGUAUAGUGCUCAAGAUGAACUCAUAAAGGAGAUGCGCAAUCAUGACAAUGCCAAAAAAGAAUGGACAGAUGAGGAACUUAAGAAACUAUAUGAAACUCAUGAGAGGCUGUUAGAUUUUGUUUCACUAUUCUGUUAUGUUCCAAGAGCAAAAUAUCUUCCUUUAGGGCCAACAAGCGCAAAACUUAUUGACAUCUACCGUACCCGCCAUAACAUAAGCACAUCAGCUGGUCUUGGCGAUCCUGCUGUUGCCACAGGGAUAUCUGAUCUUAUUUAUGAAACUACCAAAAUGAGGAUGGCGGACCUUAUUCCUGAAACUACUCAAAUGAAGCCAUCUGAAUCAGAUGGCCUUGAUGAUGACCUUGUUAAUGCUUGGGCAGCAAACCUUGGUGAUGAUGGCUUGUUGGGAAACAAUGCACCUGCUAUGAACAGGGUCAACGAAUUUUUAGCUGGUGCCGGUACUGAUGCUCCAGAUGUUGAGGAAGAGAACAUUAUUUCCAGACCUUCUAUGAGUUAUGAUGAUAUGUGGGCAAAGACUCUCUUAGAGACGACAGAAAUGGAGGAAGACGGGAGGUCAUCUGGGUCUUCUUCCCCUGAUUCAUUAGGAUCUGUGGAGACAUCCAUUUCAUCUCACUUUGGAGGAAUGAGCUAUCCGUCAUUGUUCAGUUCCAAGCCAUCUACUUACGGAACUUCGCAGUCCACGGAAAGAUCAGGUGGAAGCAGAUAUAGGGCAUAUGAGGGUCCUGGAUCCCCGAUAAGAGAAGAACCUCCUCCAUACUCUUCCCCUGUUCAUCAAAGAUAUGAGUCAUUUGAAAAUCCGUUAGCUGGCUCGGAUUCACAUAGUUUUAGUUCACACGAUGAGGAACGAACGUCUUCGGGAAAUUCCAAAUCCGGGAGUGCACUAUAUGACUUUACUGCUGGUGGUGAUGAUGAGCUAAAUCUCACAGCUGGAGAAGAAGUUGAAAUUGAAUAUGAAGUGGAUGGAUGGUUCUAUGUUAAGAAGAAACGCCCCGGGAGGGAUGGGAAAAUGGCUGGGCUUGUUCCUGUACUCUAUGUCAGUCAAUCUUGAUGCUGUUGACACUUCGAAUAGUUUAUUCCGUGGUUUGCACAAACUAAAACAUUCUUGAAAAUUCUCAAUGAGUAAAAAGUAUUGGAGAGACAUGGAGCAAAGUUAUUUACGCGGAAAAAAUUACUACUAUGCUAUGAUUAGCCUGAUUCGCUUAUAACUCAUAUUUUGUCUUGGAGAUUGCUGCUUGUACCAUAGCCGCAUUCAGUUGGUUGGCUUCAGAACUUGCUGCUUGUGCAGUUGUUAGUAUCGAAGCACCAGAUUCUUUGUACUUCGAUCCACUUAUGUUUGUUCUUUUUUAUCGUGUAUCUUUUUUGAUGUGAUGGCUCAUUUAUCCCGAGUUUAUGUAUCGGGUUUUAGGUACGAGUUCUAAAUCUUUAUCUGUACAUACUUUUUACCAAUUGCGUGAGAAAAUCAUACCUUUAUAGAAAGCUAAGAUUUUUGCCGUGGUGUGAA